AUGGGCGGCCGCACUUCGCGCCUUCGCUGCCCGUCUCGCCGGAUGUCUUCGGUGAGGCUGUGGGCCAUUUCCGACAUUCACACCGACAUCAAGGAGAACCUUGCGUGGAUCGAGAGUAUCUCGGAUACGGACUUCCUGGAUGAUGCCCUGAUCGUCGCAGGAGACGUCUCCGACUCCCACGCGGUUUUGGAGCGGACCCUGGCGGUGCUGAAACGGAAGUUCGCGGAUGUCUUCUUCGUCCCGGGCAAUCACGAUCUUUGGGUCGACGGCGACGACACUUGCGUGGACAAAGUGGUGCAACUCCAGGAUCUUUGUCGUCGCCUUUCGGUGCACAGUGCCGCUGCGCGCGUGGGCACCGCUGAGAAGGGAGUCUGGGUGUGCCCCAUCCUCUCUUGGCAUCACCAGAGUUGGGACCCCGAGCCCGAUCUCGAAGGCUGGAAAGUGCCUUCGGUCGCGGAGUGCAUGGUGGACUACGAGCGUUGCCGGUUCCCACCAGGGGUUUCCAUGUUCGAUGACUCAGCAGCGCGGCGGAUUGAUAAAAUGAACGAAGCGCUUGGAUUGCAGCUUCCGUUGGCCGACCGCCCCAGCGAUGAGGCUCUCGUGACGUUCUCACACUUCCUCCCCCGGAUCGAGCUUUCGCUCGAGAAGCGCUACUUGGCGCUGCCCUGCCUGCCGAAGGCCAGUGGUUCGAACUACCUGCGGAAGCGGGUGGAGGAGCUUAAGCCGGAGAUCCACGUCUUUGGCCACACGCAUUUCGGCUGGGAUGCGGUGCACGAUGGCGUGCGCUAUGUGCAGGCCGCAUUAGGCUACCCCCAUGAGCGCGAGAUGAGGUGGCCGAGCUUAGCAAAUGCAGCUUUUGGUGAGGCCCACCAACCCCUCCUGCUGUGGUCCUCCGAUGGGGGCUUUGCUCCGAAGACGAGGUGUCGCUGGUCGGGCUUUUACGAGCAUCAUGGUCGAGACCCAGAAAGGGUCUGGGAGCUGGCGUCAUACACCGCUCGGAACUACCGCAAGACGCAUGAUAAGGCGAAGGAGUGCAUGCCGGAUUUCUCCUUCUGGUGA